UCUGUGGAGGGAGAGACUGAACGCACCGAGAAGAAGAAUGUUUGUUCUCUUCUGGGCAACUCUGCUUUUCUGUGUGAGCGGCAGCAAUGCUGACACAGGCACAUCACGACAAUGUAAUGGAGAAUACUGCAUCACACUUAGCGAUGGACUGCUAACAGCAGAGGCUGGACUCUGUGUUGUGAUCCCGUGUUCUUUCCAGACUGCUUAUGGCUUUACACCCCAAAAUUUAGUUUGGUACAAAUGUAAACAAUAUAGAAGAUGUUACAAUGAUGAUAAUAUAAUAUUUGACAGCAACAACAAAAACCAUCAGUCUGAAUUUCAAGGACGAGUGUCACUUUUGGAGCCUGAUGUGAGACAGAACAACUGCAGCAUCAUCAUUAAUGAUCUCAGAGAGUCUGAUUCUGGAUCAUAUGAGCUCAGAGUUAAUGGGAAGCAAGAUGGAUUCACAUUCCCUGCAAGGGCAACUGUCUCCAUUGGAGGUCUUACUCAGACGCCCAGAAUUAAGAUUCCUCCAAUGACAGAGGGACAGCAGGCCACACUGACCUGCACUGCUCCUGGUCUCUGCUCUGGAUCUAUUCCUGAAGUCAGCUGGACAUGGAGAGGAGCAGGAGGGACUGAAUCUUACAUUACAGGAAACAGUACCUCAUUUAGAACUAAGUCUCAAACUGCUUUCUCACAGAGACACAUUGCAACUCUGACCUUUAACUCUUCAGCUGAACACCACAACACCAAUAUCACCUGUAAGAUCCGCUUCACUGGUGAAAAAACUACAGAGGCCAGUUCAACUUUAAAAGUGAACUGUGAAAAAGAAAAUGAGAAUUUCAGUGUUGUGAGUUGUGUUUAUUUGUAUUUUUUGUGUAAAAAAAAAAAUACAAAUCUGACCUGCAGUGUUGAAAGUUUCCCUCCAUCUCUGAUAAUGUGGUCUAAGCUUGGUUCUAACAUAACCCUGUACAAUGAUACUGGAUCAGCCACACUCCCCAUAAUUAAUGCUACAACAGAACAUUCUGGACAGUACGUUUGUACAGCAAAACAUAUGAACAAUACCCCGAAGGAAAACAUCAAUAUAACAGUGAUAUCUAAAAGGACACUUCAGAUCACUGGGAAUACAACUGUUAAGGAGGGAGAUGUUCUGAAUCUGACCUGCAGCAUUGAAAGUUUCCCUCCAGCUCUUAUUGUGUGGUCUGCACUUAGUUCCAAAACCGACCUUCAGAGUGGAACUUACACUGACCUGAACAAUGAUACUGGAUCAGCUACACUUGUCAUCCACAAUGUGACAGCAGAACACUCUGGACAGUACAUCUGUACAGCAAAACAUCUGAACACAACUAUAAUUAUAUAUGUCAGUGUAACUCUGGAUUGGUUUUCAAAGAUCCAUGAUGGCUCCGGAUGUGUGCUUCAGGCGGAGGUUUUGACCUGUGUGUGUAUCAGUGAAGGGUUUCCUUUACCUACCAUCAAAUGGCCACUCCUGAAAAACCACAAUGAGUACUCUGUCAUUACCACUGUGACAAACCACACAGUCAACAGCACUGUCAGUCUAACUGUAAGAAACCAUGGCAACAGCACUGUUGAAUGUGUCAGCAACAAUGGAAAUGGGGAUGUAAAAGAAAACCUCCUGAUUCAUAACUUGCCCAAGAAAGCGGGUAAUCUCAGUGUAAAUGGAGUGAUUCUCUUACCCAUUGCUGUUGUAUCGAUGCUCGUGAAUGUGAUCUUUUUAAUCUGCUUCGCAUUCCUUUGGAACUCAAGAAAAAAGAUGAACGCAAAGGACAAAGACAGUACAUACAUGUCCCUGCAGAAAACCCACAGAUCACCAGAAUAUGAUGUUAUUUGCCAGCCGCUGAACUAUCUCAGAACUGUAAAGAGAAACUGUGUUACUCUCAGUGAGCAAGAACUAAGAGCAGAGGCUGGACUCUGUGUUGUGAUGUGCUCUUUCAGGACUGCUGCUGCUUUUACCCCCAAACAUAUAGUUUGGUUCAAAUGUGAAGCAUCUACUGAAAGAUGUGGUGAUGCUGACAUAUUUCACAGCAACAAAAACACAAAGAAAAAGCCUCAGGCUGGAUUUGAAGGACGAGUGUCACUUUUGGAGCCUGAUGUGAGUCAGAACAACUGCAGCAUCAUCAUUAAUGAUCUCAAACAGUCUGAUUCUGGAUCAUAUCAGCUCAGAGUUAUUGGAGAACGAAAGAGUGGAUUCACAUUCAUUACAAAAGCAGCUGUCUCUGUUACAGGUCUUCAGAAGCCCACAGUAACGAUUCCCACACUGACAGAGGGACAGCAGGCCACACUGACCUAUGCUCCUGGUCUCUGCUCUGGAUCUGUUCCUGAAAUCACCUGGACAUGGAGAGGAGCAGGAGGGACUCACAUUACAGAGAACAUUGCUUUCAAGACUGAGAGUGUGACAGCUUUCACACAGAGACACACCUCAACUUUGACCUUUAAUGCGUCAGCUGAACAUCACAACUCUGAAAUCACCUGUAAAAUCGGCUUCACAGGUGAAACAACUACAGAAGAGACUUGUUUGAGAGUGAACUAUGUGAAGGAAGUUAAAAUCACUGGUGUUACACGUGUGAGGGAGGGCGAGGCUCUGAAUCUGACCUGCAGUGUUGAAAGUUUCCCUCCAUCUCUGAUUAUGUGGAAACAUCAUAGUUCCAACACAGCCCACAGUGACACUGGAUCAUCUACACUUGUCAUCAGUAAUGUGACAGCAGAACACUCUGGACAGUACAUCUGUACAGCAAAACAUCACACAACUGUGACUUCAUAUGUUGAAGUGAUUGUGACUUGGUUUUCAAAGAUCCUCGAUGGCUCUGGAUGUGUGCGUCAGUCAGAGGUUUUGUCCUGUGUGUGUAUCAGUGAAGGGUUUCCUUUACCUACCAUUAACUGGCCGCUCCUGAAGAACCACACUGAGUACUCUGUCAUUACCACUGUGACAAACCACACAGUCAGCAGCACUGUCAGUCUGAGUGUAAAAAACCAUGGCAACAGCACUGUUGAAUGUGUCAGCAACAAUGGAAAUGGAGAAGAAAGAGAAAACCUGAUCCAGAAAAACCUGUCUGGUAAUUUUAGUGUAAACGGAGCAGUUCUCUUACCCAUUGCUGUUGUAUCGAUCCUUGUGAAUGUGAUCUUUAUAAUCUACUUUGCAUUCCUUUGGAACUCAAGAAAAAAGCUUCAACCAGAGGACAAAGACAGUACAUACAUGUCCCUGCAGAAAACCCACAGAUCAUCAGAAUAUGAUGUUAUUUGCAGCCGCUGA